AUGGAGAAUGAAUUCACUGAAGAGGAUGUGGUAGUAGGUCCAAUCUUUGGAAUGCGAUUUAGAGAUAAAGAUACUUUGGCUAGGAUUCGGAAAACCAAGUUUACCACCAAGAGUAAUAAUUGUAUAGCUAGGCUAGCUGCUGUUUUGGAUGAUUCUGGUUGUUGGCGCGUCUCUAAGGUCGUUCACGAUCACAAUCAUGAUUUGCUCCCAUCCAUAUCGCGCCUGAUGGCUGGACAUAGGUCCGUUUGUGAUUCUUUGAAGAGGGAUCUUGUAGCUCACGAUCGAUCUGGCAUUAGACCCUCCAAGAAUAUUAGACUUGCUGAGGUUCAACGUGGUGGACGCAAAAUUUGGGUUGCACUCCAAAGGAUUGUAAAGGAUAGGGAGUUUUUCUAUUCAAUCGACGUUGAUAAUAUUGGUAGGCUGCGAAAUGUGGUAUGGGUGCAUUCACACUGUAAGGCAGCGUAUGAGCAAUUCCAUGAUGCGAUAUGCUUUGAUACGACGUACUUUGUGAAUCAAUAUAAUAUGCCAUGUGAUACGUUUGUUGGCAUCAAUCACCAUAGACAGUCCAUCUUGCUAGGAUGUGCUCUCAUGUCUCAUGAAGAUAUCGAUAGUUACAAAUUAGUUUUUAGAACUUGGCUUGAUGCCAUGGGAAAUGCUCAUCCAGAUGCGAUCAUAACUGAUCAGUGUCAAAGCGUUAAGGUAGCCAUUGCUGAAGUGAUGCCAAAUACAAUACAUAGGUAUUGUAUUUGGCAUAUAUUCUCAAAGUUGCCUCUUUACUUAAGUGGUGUUCGUCCUUCUAAAAUUGCACGUGGAGAAUUUAAAUCCAUGGUCCUUGAUAGCAUUACUAUUGAAGUUUUUGAGAGAAAAUGGACAGAAUAUAUUGCAAGGUAUAAUUUGCAUACAAGGAAUUGGUUCAACAAGCUUUACUCUAAGAAGGAAAAAUGGGUUCCUGUGUACCUUGAUGUAUAUUUUUGGGCUGGUAUGCUAUCUACGCAAAGAAGUGAGGGGAUGCAUGCGUUCUUUAAUGGAUAUAUUACCCGUCAAAGCACUCUUAGGAUGUUUGUUCACCAAUAUGAGUUAGUUAUAAGAGCUAAGCAUGAGAAAGAGUUGGAAGCGGAAUACAGGUCAAAGGGCUUUCAAAUUGUGUGCGAGUCAAUGUUCAAGUGGGAGGAGCAGGAAAUUCAGUGUUAUACGCGUACAGUAUAUGAGUGUUUCAAGACACAGCUAAGGAAAUAG